GCUGCUUUCCUUUCUACGUUGGUUGGAGUAGAUGCUGCAGAAGUGGCCACAUGUGCAGCAGUAAUGGCUUUAUCUGAUAUUGGUGAAUGGAUACGGCAAGAACCCAAAGAUACGUCUAAUAGUAACACUAAGUCGAAUAUGAUUGAAGAUGCUGCUCUUGUGGAAGCAAAAUCGCAGCUCGAGAAGGAAGGAGUACAGCUGGAGAAAGCAAUAUCUAGAAUUGCGACUCAG